GUGCUGUGCGGACCUCGCGAGGCGCGGGGCAACGCAGCCACGGCUCGGGACGGCUGCACGGCAGGGGCCCGGCGUGGCCGCGGAUGAGUCGGGGAACCAUGCCCCAGCCCGGAGCGUGGUCCGGAGCGGGCUGCGCGGAGACGCCGGCGCGCGAAGCCGGGGCCGCGGCGCGGGAGGGCGGGAAGGUGGCGGUCGGCGCGCAGCCCCGGGCCGCGACGCGGUGCCCGGUCGAGCACGAGGAGGACAUGUACCGUGCUGCAGAUGAAAUAGAAAAGGAGAAAGAAUUGCUAAUACAUGAAAGAGGGAUAUCAGAACCCAGGCUAAGUGUGGCUCCUGAAAUGGAUAUUAUGGACUACUGCAAGAAAGAAUGGAGGGGGAAUACUCAGAAAGCCACAUGCAUGCAAAAGGGCUAUGAGGAAGUUUCUCAGAAAUUCACUUCCAUACGGCGAGUCCGUGGUGAUAAUUACUGUGCGCUGAGGGCCACACUGUUCCAGGCCAUGAGCCAGCUGGCAGAGCUGCCCGCCUGGCUGCAGGACCCAGAGCUCAUACUGUUACCAGAAAAGCUGAUGAGCAAGUAUAGCUGGAUCAAGCAGUGGAAACAAGGACUGAAAUUUGAUGGGGAGAGUGAAGACCUGGCUGAAAACAUUAAGGAAUCCCUUGCUCUGCUACGCAGAAAGUGGGUAAGCCUGGCUGAAAUGAAAACUGCUGAAGAAAGGCAGCUAGCUUGUGAUGAACUGUUCACAAAUGAAGAAGAGGAGUACAGCCUCUAUGAAGCUGUAAAGUUUCUAAUGUUAAACAGAGCCAUUGAACUGUAUGACGAUAAAGAGAAGGGAAAGGAAGUCCCACUUUUCUCUGUGCUCUUGUUUGCUCGAGACACAUCAAAUGACCCUCAACAGCUACUGAGGAACCACCUAAACCAGGUGGGACGCACCGGUGGCCUUGAACAGGUUGAAAUGUUCCUUCUUGCCUAUGCUGUUUGCCACACCAUCCAGGUGUACCGGCUGUCCAAGUACAACACCGAGGAGUUCAUCACAGUCUAUCCCACUGAUCCUCCCAAGGACUGGCCAGUAGUGACCCUUAUAGCUGAGGACGAUCGGCACUAUAACAUCCCCGUCAGAGUGUGUGAGGAGACAAGUCUGUGAGGAACACACAUGCGGUGAACAGCCGAGUGAUGUGCACAUGCAGCUCCUCCUCUAGGGGCCUCAGGUCUGCAG